CAACAAUAUCAACUGUCUGCAAAAUGCGCUUUGGCUUAAAGUUGAGCUGCCUUUGGCCAAGCUUUUUAUUAUGGCUAACAUGGAACAGCAAUGGCAACCAUAGAGGAUCGGCCAUGGGCUGGGGAGCCAGCGCGCAGCCAUCAUUAACCGAGAAAAUCCCAUUAGGUGCCAUCUUUGAGCAGGGCACAGACGAGGUGCAAUCGGCUUUUAAAUAUGCCAUGCUCAAUCAUAAUUUGAAUGUCUCGUCUCGUCGUUUUGAGCUGCAAGCCUAUGUGGAUGUGAUAAAUACGGCAGAUGCCUUCAAAUUGUCGCGAUUGAUUUGCAAUCAAUUCUCAAGAGGAGUUUAUUCCAUGCUGGGAGCCGUCUCGCCCGAUUCAUUUGAUACGUUGCACUCCUAUUCGAAUACAUUUCAGAUGCCCUUCGUGACGCCCUGGUUCCCAGAGAAGGUGCUUACGCCAUCGUCUGGAUUUCUCGACUUUGCCCUCAGCAUGCGACCGGAUUAUCAUCAGGCCAUCAUUGAUACAAUACAAUUUUAUGGCUGGCGUAAAAUAAUUUAUCUCUACGAUUCCCACGAUGGAUUGCUUCGCCUACAGCAAAUCUAUCAGGGUCUAAAGCCUGGCAACGAAUCCUUUCAAGUGGAACUGGUCAAACGUAUCUCGAAUGUCAGCAUGGCCAUUGAGUUUCUGCAUACAUUGGAGCAAAUCGGUCGUUUCACUAACAAGCACAUCGUUCUCGAUUGUCCCACGGCAAUGGCCAAACAAAUACUCAUUCAACAUGUGCGCGAUUUGCGUUUGGGUAGACGCACCUAUCACUAUUUGCUGAGUGGUUUGGUCAUGGACGAUCGCUGGGAGAGCGAGAUAAUCGAAUUUGGUGCCAUUAAUAUCACUGGAUUUCGCAUUGUGGACACAAAUCGUCGUUUGGUACGCGAAUUCUAUGACAGUUGGAAGCGUUUAGAUCCACAGAUGAGCGUUGGAGCUGGACGUGAAUCGAUUUCGGCACAGGCUGCUCUCAUGUACGAUGCGGUAUUUGUGCUGGUCGAGGCGUUCAACAAAAUACUGCGCAAGAAACCGGAUCAAUUUAGGAACAAUGUGCAGCAGCGUCGCAGCCAGACGCUAAUGGUAGCCCAAGCGGCAGCGUCAACAUCCAGCGAUGGCUGGAAUAGCAGCAAUAGCAGCGGUGGUAGUAGUAGUAGUGGCAGCAGCAGCAGUUACAACAACGGAGGAGGAGGCAACGGAGGAGGUGGUGGUGGUGGCGGGAACAGCGAUUCCGGCUCCAAUUCCGGCAGCAUUGGCUCCCGAGCAUUGGACUGUAAUACGGCCAAAGGAUGGGUGAACGCCUGGGAGCAUGGCGAUAAAAUAUCGCGUUAUUUGAGAAAGGUGGAAAUCGAGGGUCUAACAGGCGACAUCAAAUUCAACGAUGACGGCAGACGCGUCAAUUACACGUUGCACGUCGUCGAGAUGACAGUAAACAGUGCCAUGGUCAAAGUAGCCGAAUGGAACGAUGAUGCUGGUCUACAGCCAUUGAAUGCCAAAUAUGUGCGUUUGCGUCCACAUGUUGAAUUUGAAAAGAAUCGCACAUAUAUUGUGACCACUGUGCUGGAGGAGCCAUAUAUAAUGUUAAAAGAGCCAGCCUUUGGCGAGAAAUUGCAUGGCAAUGAACGCUUCGAGGGCUAUUGCAAGGAUCUGGCCGAGCUGUUAUCCAAGAAAUUGGGCAUUAAUUAUGAACUACGUUUGGUCAGGGAUGGCAACUACGGUUCCGAGAAUCCAACAGCCCAUGGCGGAUGGGAUGGUAUGGUGGGUGAAUUGGUGCGCAAGGAAGCGGAUAUUGCGAUUGCCGCCAUGACGAUUACCGCCGAACGCGAACGUGUCAUCGACUUUAGCAAGCCGUUCAUGUCGCUGGGCAUUUCCAUUAUGAUUAAGAAGCCAGUGAAGCAAACGCCCGGCGUGUUCAGCUUCAUGAAUCCUUUAUCACAGGAAAUUUGGGUGAGCGUCAUCUUCAGCUAUAUAGGUGUGAGCAUUGUACUGUUCUUUGUGUCGCGUUUCUCACCAUACGAAUGGCGUCUUGUGCAACAGCAGUCGCAACAAUCACAGCCGCCAGAUCCACAUGCACAUCACGAACAGCUUGCCAAUCAGCAGCCGCCCGGCAUUAUUGGCGGAGCACCGAUACCAGCACCGCCUGGCCCACCAACACCAGGAGCACAAUCGGCAGCCGGGGCAGCUGCCUUACAGGCUGCCUUAUCGGCCGGGAGUUUGGCAUCCAGUUCGGCUGGCGGCAAUGGAAUUGGUGGCAUUGGUAUUGGACCCGGAGCUGGCAACGCCUCGGCCGUUAAUGAGUUUAGUAUUUGGAAUUCGUUCUGGUUCUCAUUGGCCGCCUUUAUGCAACAGGGCUGUGAUCUGUCGCCACGUUCCGUUUCGGGACGCAUUGCGGCCGCAUCUUGGUUCUUUUUCGCUCUCAUACUCAUCUCAUCGUAUACGGCAAAUCUGGCUGCAUUUUUAACAGUCGAACGCAUGGUAACACCGAUCAAUUCACCGGAGGACCUUGCAAUGCAAACUGAAGUUCAGUAUGGCACUUUGUUGCAUAGCUCAACCUGGGAUUUCUUUAGGCGCUCCCAAAUCGGACUACAUAACAAAAUGUGGGAAUACAUGAACUCACGCAAGCACGUCUUUGUCAAUACCUACGAUGAGGGGAUAAGACGCGUGCGCACCUCCAAGGGCAAGUACGCUCUGCUUGUUGAAUCGCCGAAAAAUGAAUAUGUUAACGCCAGGGAGCCAUGCGACACAAUGAAAGUGGGCAGCAAUCUGGAUACAAAGGGAUUUGGUAUUGCCACGCCGCUUGGUUCGGCACUCAAAGAUCCCAUUAAUUUGGCCGUGUUGGCUUUGAAGGAAGACGGUGACCUAAUCAAGUUACGUGAUAAAUGGUGGUAUGCCGAAUGCAAUCCCCAUAAGGAUAAACCAUCCCACAAUGAACUUUCGCUAAGCAAUGUGGCUGGAAUAUUCUACAUAUUGAUUGGCGGUCUACUCGUAUCCGUUUUUGUUGCCGUCAUUGAGUUCUGUUUUCGCAGCAAACACAAUCGACGAUCGUCUGCAAAUGGCGGUAACGGCAGCGGCUGCGGCGUUGGAGGCCUAAGCGGCGGUUCGAUGGGCAGUGCCGGCAGUGUGGUGGGCAAGAGCAACGGCUCAAUGAUGUUGGGUCCAUCUAGUGCUGUACCUGGCGUUAUGCCGUCGACACAUCAAAGGAACACCCUUACGGAUACCAUGCAUGCCAAAGCCAAAUUGACCAUUCAAGCGAGUCGCGACUAUGACAAUGGACGUGUGGGGUAUCUCAAUUGCGCCUCGUUGCAGUAUUAUCCGCCCGCCCAGCUAUCGACGGCGGGCAAUGAUGCCGCCGAGGCUCUACACAUGAAUGCCCAUGGUCAGGUUUGACAUGAACACG